AUGAAGAUAUCAGUAUCCUCAUCAACCUCUCCUAAACCUCAAAUCAUCGCUGAUAGGAGCAAGGAUUUGCCAAGGAUCGUGCACACGUCAUGCAAGUUUAGGGUUUCAAUGUGUCAAAAGAUCAAACUGCAGCCUAAAACAUCAGAGAAAGCCAAAAGGAAGAACGAGAAGAAGAUGAAAGAAGAGAAAGGGAAGAGAGGUUUCAUCAGACCCAGGUUGGUUUUUCCAGUCAAGAAAAUGACUUCUGUUGUAUCCGGUGCCUUCAGACGCAAGAAAACACUCAAAAGUGAAAACAGAGGACAUAGAGAUGAUUCUGCAAAAGAGACCUUGGCUGUUGUUAAGCCUAAACCUAAAAAGAGUUUUUGGGGAAGCGCAAGAAUUGGGGUGAAGAUACUCAUCUUAGGGCAAAGAUUGAAGACGAAAAAAUCAAGAAGAAGAGGAAGAAGAAGCUUAAGCUUAAGAGAGGGUAAUGGAGACGAGGAGCUAUGCAAGAAGAGAAUACUAAUGGGUGAAAGAUGCAAACCUAUAAACGAGUCAGGUGUUUUGCAGUAUGAUUGUGAUGGGAUCCUUGUCCCUGAGCCAUGA